CUUUGGGAAAGCCAUUCCCAGCGGAACACUGCAGGAAAAGCAGGGAAUUUUUGGGAAGCAGAACGGGAAACCCGCCGGGCUGGGAUUCACCCCCAUCCAGGUGGGAAUAACCCGGGAAUGAGCAGCCGCGGGCGGCCUGGGAUGGCCCGGCUGCUCUGGGAGCGGGAGAUGCUCGCCAGGGCUGGGAAUUAUUUUUUUUCCUGCUUUUUUUCCACUUCCUCGCCGCUGGAUCCGAUCCCGGCCGCGUUUGGCCGCGCUGGUUUCCGGGUUUAUCUGGGAACCUUUUUUCCUUGGGCGAGCCGGGGUUCAUUCUCCCCCAGAUCCCGGGAAUUGCCGCCUCUGGGAUCAUCCCCGGGGGCUGUUCCCGGCCGGAUCGUGCCUCUGGAAAAGCCGCGCCCGCCCGGCCGGGGAUUCCAUGCGGGCAGUGUUUGUUCCCGGCUGAGUAAUCCCGGGAUUUGGAGGCAACGCUGGGAAACGCCGCGUCCAGCGGGGCUGCGAGCGGCGCCGUGAGUCCCGGCUUCCCCCCGGCAUUCCCGCUGAUCCCGCUGAUCCCGGGGCUCGGCUCCCGGGGAGCUCGGGAAUGGCGAUGGGGAUGGGGAUGGGAAUGGGAAUGGGAAUGGGGAAAGUGCCGGGGCAGCGGGAGCAUUCCCGGCCCUCCCGGGGCGGCGAUCGCGGAAUUCCCGGGAAGUUUCUCUCGGGAGCGGGAUGGGCUCUGGGAUCCCCGGUCCCGCGGGAAGGGCGGGGGGAGCGGCGGCUUUUUGGGAUGGGAAAGCUGCGGAUCCCGGCGGAUCCCGGCGAAUUCCAGCGGCAACAACAACAACAACAACAACUCCCACAAAGCCGGCGUUGUCCCGCCGGGAGCGGUCCUGGCACGGCCCGCGCCGCUCCCGGAGUUUUCCAGCGCCCGGGGAAGCGCGUCCGGGGCUGCUCGGGAAUUCCCGAAUAUUCCCGGCCCGUGGAAAAGCCGCUGGAACGAGGGAUGAGCCAGGGUGUGCCAGGGAGAGCCGUGCCAGGGGGUGGGAUGUGCCAUGGGGAAGGAUAUUCCGUAGGGAAGGAUGUGCCGUGGGGAGGGAUAAGGAAAGGAAAGGAAAGGAAAGGAAAGGAAAGGAAAGGAAAGGAAAGGAAAGGAAAGGAAAGGAAAGGAAAGGAAAGGAAAGGAAAGGAAAGGAAAGGAAAGGAAAGGAAAGGAGCCAUGGGAGCUGUGCCAUGGGCAGAGGACGGUGACAAGGUGACACGGCCGGGCGGGUGGCAGUGCUGCCAGGUGGGGACAUCGGUGCCAGGUGGGGACAUUCCCCAGGGCAGCCUGGGGAGGGAGAGGAGGAGGAGGAGGAAAUUAAGGAGGAGGAGGAAGAAGAGAAGGAGGAAGAAGAGAAGGAGGAGGAGGAGGAAAUUAAGGAGAAAGAGGAAGAAGAGAAGGAGGAGGAGGAGGAGGAGGAAGAGGAGCUGUUGCAGGGCCUGAGCGGAGCCGCAGCGCUGGCAGAGGUGACUCACAGGGGUCACAGCCCCCAUCCCAUCCCAUUCCCAUUCCCAUUCCCGGCUGGGAAGAGCCCGAGCAGGAGCAGGGGGAGGAGGAGGAGGAGCAGGAGGAAGCAGCCCCGGCCCGGCCCGGCCCGCAGGGUGAGCCCGGCCCCGGUGACUCACUGCCCUCCCUGCCCGCUCUGCCUCCCAAACCGCAAAUUCCUGCCUGAGGCCGGGCCUGGAGCCUCCUCCUGCUUCCCACAGGGAACGGGAAUAGGGAAUGGGGAACAGGGAACAGGGAAUGGGGAACAAGGACAGGAAACAGGGAAUAGGGGCAGGGAACAGGGAACAGGGAAGAGGGAACAGGGAAGGGAUCCCUGCGCAGGAAUGGCUGGGCUGGGAUGGAUCCAGGUGCUCCCAGCUCGGGGAUCCCAUCCAGGGGCUCUGGGCACAGCGGGAUCCUGCACCUGGGAGGAGCCUCUGGAAAAGCCCAAGCCUUUGGAAAGGCUCGUGCGUCUGGAAGGGCUCGUUCCUUUGCCCUCCGAGAAUCCCAGAAUUCCAGGUCGGAAGGGCCCUCAAAACUCAUCUCAUUCCAGCCCCGGCCUUGAAUAGAUUCCAGCCUGGCCUUGGGCAUUCCAGGGAUCCAGGGGCAGCCACGGCUUCUCUGGGAAUUCCAUCCCCGCCCCUCCCACCCUCCCAGGCAGGAAUUCCUAAUCCCAAUCUCCCAUCCAUCCCUGCCCUCUGGCAGUGGGAUCCAUUCCCUGCAUCCUGUCCCUCCAGUCCCUCUCCAGCUCUCCUGGAGCCCCUGCAGGCCCUGGAAGGGUCUGAGCUUUCUCUGGAGCCUUCUCUGGAUUCAGGUGCUGUUUCCACCGUGGAAAACCGCAGGAAUUCUGUGGGAGCCGGGACUGCAGACUCUGUGGAGCUUUGAAGCAGCACCUCGGUGCUUCCAGAGCCCUGGGAAGCCCCAGAUUCCCAUUCCCAUUCCCCAUUCCCCAUUCCCCAUUCCCCAUUCCCAUCUAAUCUUUAACCAGGGGCGUUCCCAGCGGGGUUUUGUUGGUUCAUUGCUCUCCUGCCUCAUUAAUUUUUCCCUCCCUCUCCAGCCGUUCCUGGCGUUCCAGGGCUUUUCCUGGAGCUGCCUCCCACCGGAGCUGGCAGAGGUAGGGCUGGGAUGGAAUCCAGGGACUCCAGGGCUGGCAAAGGGGUUUUUUGGGAAUGGCUGCGUGGCACAGCCAAGGGCUGGAUCCCGCUGGGAAGCUGGGGUGGCUGGAGCAGCUGGAAUGGCAGCCCAGGAUGCUGCAGAGGCUCCGGGAGCUCUGGGAUUCUGGGAACCCAGAACCUUGGAUCCCUCUGGAUCCUGGUGGGAUCGAGCUGAGGCAGCACCCGGAGCAGGAGCUCCCUUCCCGCUUUUCCUGCUCCGGGAGGGAGGGAAGGAAGGAUCACGGAUUUCUCCCUUGAUUUCCCAGAGCGGAGGCGGCGCUGCCGACGCCAGGAUCGGGUAAGAGCCGGAGCCGGGAUAUUCCAUGGGAGAGGGGAUCCAGCUGGGAUCCCGUGUCCCUCUGCUUCCCGAGGGACCGUCCUGCAUCCCGGGAUCUCGGUGUGAUCCCGAGGCCGUCCUGAUCUCGGGAUCCUCGCGGGAGCAGCGCCGUUCCCGCGGGAUGCGGCCUUGAGGAGCUGUCCUGUGGAAGCUGAGCUGGGAAAUCCCGGGAUCCGGAGCCGGCCAUGCCGAGCCCCACGGCCCGGCUGCUCCGCGCCCACCAGGUGCCCGAGAGUUACCGGGAGCCGGGAAUUCUCUCCGGGUACCGCCCGCCCCGGAGCUCGGCCUGCGAGUGCCUGCUCAGCCUCUUCGGGAUGAACAACGAGACCCUCAACAUCUGGACACACCUGGUGCCCGCCGGGUAUUUCCUGUGGCUGCUGCUGGCGCGGCUGCGGGGCCCGGGCGCGGAGGCGGGCGCGGGGCCGUUCCUGGCCUACCUGGGCACGUGCGCGCUGUACCCGCUGGCCUCGAGCGCUGCCCACGCCCUGGGCACGCUGGGCGGGCGCGGCCGGCACCGCGCCUACUGCUGCGACUACGCCGCGCUCAGCCUCUACGGCCUGGGCUCGGCGCUGGCGUAUUCCGCCUACGUCUUCCCGCUGGAAUGGGUCGGGAGCACAUUCCAUGAUUUCUACGUCCCCGUGGCCGUGCUCAACUCCGUGCUCAGCACUGGCCUGUCCUGCUAUUCCAGGUUUCUGGAGGCGGAGCGGCCCCGCCUGAGCAAAGCCUUCCGAACUCUGGCCUUCGUGUAUCCCUACAUUUUCGACAGCAUCCCAGUUUUCUACAGGCUGUCCCGGAGCGCGGCCGGGAGCUACUCCGAAGGCUCGCUCCCGCUGCAUUCCCGGCACAGCCUCUGCGCCCUCCUGACCUUCCUGAGCUUCACCUCCCACCUGCCCGAGCGCCUGGCGCCGGGGAGCUUCGACUUCAUCGGGCACAGCCACCAGGUUUUCCACAUCUGCGGGAUCCUGGGAACGCUCUUCCAGCUGGAAGCCAUCUCCACGGACAUGGCGGAGCGGCGGGGCCGCCUCCCGCUGCCCUCUUCCCUGGAAACCUUCGGAUCCCUGGGAAUGGGAGCGGCCGCCAGCCUGGCCAUCCUCGGGGUCUGCUUCCGCAGCCUCCGCCCGGAGCCUCCUUCCCGGGAAAAAUCCCACUAGAAUCAGGGAUCGCCUCGGCUUGCCGGGAGCAGUCCCAUUCCAGAGGUGUCCAUGGGGGAAUUGGGUCGCCUGGAAAUAUUUCUUUGGGAAUUUUCCAAGGGAAAACUGCAGCGGUUUUAUCCAUGGAUGGCUGGGAAACGCUUCCCAUCCCGUUGUUAUCCACAGGGAAAGCAUCGAAUAAUCAGGAUGUGAUCCCUGAAAAGGGAGGGAAGGGAUCCGGGAUCCCUCAGGUCUGCCUUGGGGAGAAAUCCAGGGAAUGUUUGCAUCUCCACCUGGGAGAUUCCUGGUGAAGCCAGGCACUCCCUGAUUCCCGUUUUCCCCAUGGAUAUUCCUUUGGAAUUCCGAGCCUUGCACUCAGCCCAAGUGCCUGGAGAGGUGGGAUGGAGCGACUGGAGUUUCCCUCCCGGUGUAAUUCCCACUGGUUUUACUCUUUAUCUGGGAAAAGGGAUUCCAGGAGAGCCCCAGUGGGAUGUUCCUGCAGGAAAGCUCUGCCAGGGCCUCAUUCCGGGAAAUCCGGAGAAGUUCAGUGCUGUGGGAAUUCCGAGUUUCCAUGGGGGGGAUGGAAUUAAGGAAUUGCAUCCUGGAUCCUGGGAUUGGGGGUGGGAGAGGAAGAGCACACCCCAGCCUCGUGGGAUUUGGGAUCCUUUAGGAAAAGGUUUUGAAUGUUUUGGGAUUGGGAUCCGCAGGGAGACGCCAGGAGAAAAGCAGGAUUUGGGACAGCUCAAGGGUUAAAAGCGCCCUGGAAUUUUAAAGAAUUCCCAGAAUUUUCCCUCUGCUGUUCCUUGUUUUCCUUCCCUGCUGCUCCUGGAUUUUGCAGGAAGAGCCUGGAGCUCCAGGCUUUUCCAGGAUCCAGGAAUUCCUCUUGGAUUUCCCUGUGGGAACACAGCACACACUUUAUUCUUUGGGAAUAUUUUCCUGGAUAAUCCCACGGGUCUUCCAUUAAUUUCCUUUAAUUGCCUUUGCCGAGGUCUGACUGCUGCACUUUGGGAGCUGCUGAAAUUUGGGAUAUCCCAAUAAAAUCUGGGAUGAACGGGUUAAAUACGGGAUAAAUCAAUGCUUGGGAAUGCUGAGCGGGAUUUUCAGGAUAUUUAUAAGCACUGGAAUUGUUUUUCCAACGGUUUUAUUAAAUUAAUAUAAAUCACUGAUUUUAUUCUGCUUAAUAAUAAAAAUAUUCCUGGGAAAAUGAA